GAUUGUGGGAAUUGCCUAGACCAGUUGACAUUUCAGCUACGCUACUUGCAAGAGGGACUUGACUCUGCGUUCUUUCCUGCUAACGUGACAAUUCUAUCUGUUCUCCAUGAUGACAUUCACUCUACUCUUGAUGCCUUGGAGCAACUUGGGGGUUUGCUAGUGGUGCUUGAAGUGGGGAUUGGUACCCUGCCUUCCCUGCCUCCCUCCUCCCUCCCUCUGCCUCUCACUGUCCCUCGACUGGACCUGGAGUUAGUGCCUAGCAUCCUCAGCAAACUGGACCAGCUCAAAGAUCUCUUGACAGGGACACCAACCAUCAAUGUGAUCUCAAGAGAUGACCUCAUUCUCUUCUUCUCUGAGACAAGGAUCAGACUUGUGGCUCUUCUUGAAGAGGCCAACCAGUUACGCUCCCAACAGAGAGGUCUGUCAUCUCAAGUGGCAGUUUUGCUGAGAGCUCUAUCCGAGAGGUCUGGGGAUGUGUCUUCUGCCAGAGAAACUGUUGAGAUGAUUGCAGCAUUGAUUGCCAGAAGACAGAACUCCAGUAUAGUCGUCAGAGUAGAGGAUGUAUCUGCUGAAGUCCGUCUGCUGCUAGAAAUGGCCAAUCGGUUAAUGGGUCAGGCCCAGAGUAAUGCUCAGGUUGGCCAGAAUCUGACGAGUAGACUGAAUGGUGUUGGCAGUGGACUGAUGGCUGCUGGGAGUGUGGUGGCUGGCACACUGCGUGUAGCCAGUGAGGCAAUAAGUAUUGCACGUGACUCUGCAGCAGUGGAAGAAAUUCUGACUGCUUUGCUGGGAGAAGCCAGAGAAGGGCUGAGUGAUGGAGAAGAAGCUCUCUCCAGUGGCGAAGCAUCUGUGAUAAAUGGAGGACAGCUGCUCAAUGAGGCCAGGGGUCUCAUUCAGAACACCGGGGGUACUGUCCCUGCAAUUACAGUCCUGAUUGACCAGUUAAACCAGACAGUCCAGUUUGACCGACCUCGUCUGACUGACCUUCUGACCUUCACCUGUUCUUCUGGACGAGACAACUGUACUGGAGGAGAGGAGCAUGCAGCAUUGCUGGCUCAGAACCUCACAUAUCUCAUCAAUUCCAGUGUCUCAGUCUACACCAUACGUCCGGCAAGGGACACACUGACUGCCUUGGGAGGCACGGGGAUGCCCUUGGAUCUCACACUCAUUAACAACACAGCUAUGCUGGCACAGGAGAGAGCUCAAGAGGCAACUGCUCUGUUGGCUGGAGUAAAUAGCACACUAGGGGGUGUGGUCUCCGUCUUGCUGUCGUCAGCAGGACAACUGAGAGGAAGAGCACUCGUUUCCCUCACUGCCAGCGAAGAUUUGUCAGUGGCUGUUGACAAGGCUGGAGGGAGAAGGAAGGACCUGAUGUCAGCUCUCGGUGAGUACCAGAGAGAGGUUGCUGGUCUGUCAGAGAGACUGGAAACCCUGAGUUCACUGGAGGAUGUCAGAGACGAGGCCUCACUGGUGGCAGAGAGAGCAAGCGCGAGUGCUGAGGAGGUGAGGAGAGCAGGAGAGAGGGUGAGGAGGGUGAGGGAAGGUGGGGAGAGGGUGGAAGAUGACAUCGACCAGAUCACAGUCAACGUUCAGGCAGCAGAAGCCACAAUUCAGGAUACCCUGCAGAGAUUUCCGUUGGUGUCUCGUCUUCUUGCUGCAACACAGAGACAAGCAGACGCUGCAAUCUCUAAUGUCACUGGUUUCCUUAGUGAGAACGAGAAGAUUGUGGCUGACAUUGACUCACUCAUUGCCCAGCUCUCCGACGUGCAUGCCAGCAUUGCCUUGAUCAACUCUCCUGUACGGUUAUCCUCAGAGCCAGCAGUAACUGCCGAUGUUGCUGUGCCAUACCUCUCUCUCCAGCCUCCGCCUGGUAGACAACUUGAAGGCGGAGUCCAGUUUGAGGACCUUGACCUGUACAUGUGGCCAUCUGCGCAGUACCAGACCCCGAGUCUCAUUUUCUAUGCUGGUCCUGUCCGAUUCCCAGACCAGCGGAAUGAAACCCAACCAGACACCAGAGAGGAUGUGGUGUGGGUUAUCGCUGAGGAAGACCACUUGAGACUUGGCUGGGAGCUGGGAAACUACCACGGCAACGCAACGCACCCUGCUCUGUUGGAGGGAGAGAGCCAGCUGCGGUUGACAAGAGUUGGUUCUCAGUUCAGACUGCAGUUCUCUCCAUCCCCUUUGCCAACUCUACAAACAUCGUCUGUCGUCAACAAUUCCCUUCUCUUCCAUUCCUCUCCACGUACAGCCUUUCUCCUUGGAGGAUGGCCCACAGGGUCAGAGUUGGGGUCAGAGAUGAUGCCUCUUCCCCUGGGGUCCCUGGGUGGGUUUGAAGGACAGUUCCAGCUGGCUCUCUUCAAUGGAGGACCCUGGGGCCUCUGGAAUGUGCGCAGCACUUCACAGACUGACCUCAUUGGAGACAUGGAGUUUCGCAGGAAUGAGCUAAGCCAAGGAGUGGCCUGGCAUGCCUCCACAGGCCUUACAAGAACUGCCUCUGUUCUCUCAUUUGAUGGUUUGGGCUACCUGUUCACUGAGAGGUUUGGGACAGAGCCAGAGUUCGGAGCCUCCUUCUUCCAGAUAAUAACUCUCUACCUGAGACCAAAUGAUGCCAGCAGGGGCUUGGUUAUGUAUGCCUACCAGACGGAG